GUAAUGCUGCUGUUUGUCCUCCAGGCUUUUUCUCUCCUCCUCCGCCUCCAUGGACCUCCUCCUCCUCUUCCUCCUCCCCUUCUUCUCCUCCACUUCCUGCAGUGGAGGAGACAGCAGGUCUUUAUCCUUCCUCUUAUUUCUCUCCUCUUUUCUCCUCAGCUCCUCCUCGUCCUCCUCUUCAUUCCACCUCUCCUGGCUUUUCUCCUUCUGUUUUGUCACUUCCUGUAGCUCCGUCUAUUUGCCCUUCUCCUCCGUCUGUUUCUCCUUCUAUUCCUCCUUCCUCUGUUUCUCCUUCUAUUCCUCCUUCCUCUGUUUCUCCUUCUGUUUCUCCUUCCUCUGUUUCUCCUUCUAUUCCUCCUUCCUCUGUUUCUCCUUCUAUUCCUCCUUCCUCUGUUUCUCCUAUUCCUCCUUCCUCUGUUUCUCCUUCUAUUCCUCCUUCCUCUGUUUCUCCUUCUAUUCCUCCUUCCUCUGUUUCUCCUUCUAUUCCUCCUUCCUCUGUUUCUCCUUCUAUUCCUCCUUCCUCUGUUUCUCCUUCUAUUCCUCCUUCCUCUGUUUCUCCUUCUAUUCCUCCUUCCUCUGUUUCUCCUUCUAUUCCUCCUCCAUCUGUCUUUGCGGUUUAUUCCACCUCUUUUGUUUUCUCUCCUCCUACUGUAGCUCGUUCUCCUUCUGUUCCUCCUCCAUCUUCUUCCCAUGUUUCUCCUCCUCCUCUCCCUACAUCCCUCCAUUGUUCAGCUAGUUCUGUGUUUUCUCCUCCUCCUGUCCUCCAUCCUCCUCCUGCUGUGUCCCUCCUUUCUUCUCUUCCCUCUUAUUUCUCUCCUCUUUUCUCCUCAGCUCCUCCUCGUCCUCCUCUUCCUUCCACCUCUCCGAGCUUUUCUCUGGUUUCUUCACCUCCUUCAGCAUUUUUUAGUCCUCCACCUGCUCGUUCUUCCACCAGGACUCCUUCACCUCCUUCUGUUUUCUCACCUCCUGUAGCUCCAUCUAUUUGCCCUCCUCCUCCCUCUAUUUCUCCUUCAUCUUCCUCCCGAUUUUCUCCUCUUCUCCCUGCAUCCCUCCAUCCUCUAAUCCCUUCCAUGUUGUCUCCUCCUUGUGCUCCUUCUCCCUCCUCUUUUAUCUCCCCUUCUCUUUUCUCCUCAGCUCCUCCCCUCCCUCCUCCAUCUGCCUUUUUAACUCCUUCCACCUCUGUACCUGCUUCCCAUUUCUCCUCUUCUCCUUUCUCUGCAUCCCUCCAUCAUCAUUCUAUCUCCAUGUUGUCUCCUCAUCCAGCUUCUUCUCCUGCUGCACCUCCUUCUUCUGUGCAUUUUUCUCCUCUUUUUCCUUCUGCUCCUCUUCCUCCUCAUCACUUCUCCUCUCGUCCUCCUGUCUCCUCUCCUCCAGUGUUUUUCACUCCUCCAACUUGUCAGACUCUUUGUACCUCCUCUCCUCCUGUUGUUCCACCCCUCUUUGCUCCUCCUGCUCCUCCUCCUUCCCCUUGUUGCCCCUGCUCUGCCCUCCUGCCCCGCCUCCUGUCGGCCCACCGGUUGGAGGUGCGUCGCCUCCUGCGUGGAGCCAUGGCUUCGCUCGGCCGCCGUCUGGACGCUCUGGAGAGGAGGAGCAGGAGGAGGAGGAGGAGGAGGCAGACAGAGAGCUCCUCCCACCAUAACUGUAGCCACGCCCACCUCCAACACUCAUCAUCAGACAGCGAGGAGUCGGCCACGCCCCCUCUGUCCUCUGCCCAAUCACAGCAGAAGAGGAAGAGGAGGAGGAGUCACAGAGGAGGAGAGUUUCCUGAGAACAGAGAGGAAGAGGAGGAGGAGAAGGAGGAGGGUGGGAGGUUUGUAGGGAGGAUGGAGUUCUCCUGCAGAGGAGGAGAGGAGGAGCUGCUGACGCUGCAUAGCUACACCCAGAAGAAACGCAGGAGAAGAGAGGAGGGAGGAGCCAGCCAAUCAGAGAACACCAUUAGUGUCAUCAUCAGGAAGAACGGCUGCAGCUGGCCCCACCCUUCUUCCCAGCAUGCCGUGCACAUCCUCUCAUCAUCUCACUGUGGCCUGACCUUCAAUCCAUCAGGGGACUUUGUGAUCUCCGCCAACCAAUGGUUUUUCUCCGGCUGGGACCCUCCCUUCUCCUUCUCCUCCAAUCACAGUGCUUCCCGCCUGCGGUUCAGCGCCUCCUCCUUCUUUAACUCCGCCCACAUGCUACGCCUGUCAGCAGUUACCAUGGAGACAAUGCUGGACUUGGUGAGGGGUGGGGCUUGUUGGAGGCCUCUGCGGCCCCUGAGGGACUGGACGGCCCCGCCCAGCCUGAGCAACGACCACUGUUAUGUUCGAGCUGCUUCGUCCAGCUCAGCGUUUUCCGUCCGGAGACAGCACAAACAGCGAGCCAAUCACAGUGCGCAGAGCCUCCAUCUGCCCCGGCGACGAGCCCCGCCCCUUCCUGCAUGUUCAGCUAAUGGACUGCCUCUUCAGCUCCCUGUUGUCCAAUCAGCACCCGGUUCAGAGUUCCUUAGCACCAAUGGAGAGCGGAGUAAACGAGUGUCACAGAUCCGAAUCCGCCGGGCAUCACCUCGAGAAACGCCGCUCACACCCAUGGGCCUGCCGAAGGUGAAAAGAUUAAAGAAGAAAGAGUUCAGCUUGGAGGAGAUUUACACCAACAAGAACUACAGAAGCCCCUCCCCCAACAGGAGUCUGGAGACCAUCUUUGAGGAGCCGCGUGAGAAAGACGGAGCACUGCUCCUGAUUGGUCAGCAGAAACGGCGACGGCUCCUCCUCUUCCCUGACUUCACUCAGCCCAGAAAGAGAAAGAGGCCGCAAGGGGUGGCGCUUCCUGUUGCCAUGGCGCCAAGGAAGCGGGCGGCGGCCCGGCGCCAUUGCCACGGCCACGCUGAUGACGUGGACCUGGACGUGAUGUUGGUGGAGCGACUGAGCGCGCUCGAAGACUUUCUGAUGCGACAGGGCCUGGAGGUGUGACAUCAUUUCCUGUCAGCUGACUGAAGGUCAAAUGAACAGAGCUGCUAGCAUGGCUGCUAACGCGGUUACCACGGUGAUGGCGUGUGUAGGAUUUACUUUGUUUUUUUUGCAGUGUAUGGAAGGUGAAAUGUGAAACCUUGGAAUAUUUAAUAUUUUAAUUCAGUUUACAGACCACGCCCCCCUCAGGAGGCCACGCUCCUGAAGGAGGCCACGCCCCCUCUAGGACAUCUUUUACUUUAGUCCAGUUUCAGCACAGACCCCCCACUGUCCCAGGAGUGCUCUGCCAGUACUCUACUGUGUAGUACCACAGAGUACUCACUCAGUACUGUGUCAGUAUUGUGCAGUAAUGCUGUUUGGGGUGUUUGGACAUUUUUGGCUGUAAUAUACUUUUUCUGAUGAGCAGGUGUCUAUUUUUGAAACAAAUAAAGUUUCUGUUCACACA